ACAAUCUCUGCUGCUGUGUCUUUUGGAUCUGAUCAAACCUGCUCCAACUUCAUUCAAAAGAACUUUUAUCUUUGUGUAUUUUCAUGAUUUUGUGGAUUAUUUUCAAAUCAGAUGCAGAAAAAUGACGACUGUCCGAAAAGAUCCAGGUGGAAGCUGCAGAAGAGGCCCUCGCCUUCACUGCAGCCUGAAGCAGCCUCGCCCGUCCGAGGGAAGAAGAGGAAGCAGGAGAGCAGAGAUGUGGACAACCUGAGUCUGUGCAGCCUCGAUCUCAACGAGCCCAGUACGAAGCGCUCUAAACCAGUGUCCAGAGUCACGUCUUUGGUGAAUCUUCUUCCCCCAGUGAAAACAGCUCCACUGAAGAGGAUCGGACUCAGUCUACAGCGCUCCAUCAGUUUACGCACAGACAGUCGAAAUGACCACUCUCCAGUCUCUCCUUCUGCUUCCGCGGUGAAAACUCGAGUCGUCACUGCGACUGUAUCCAGCCCUGGUUCCUCGGCAACCAUCCCUCGCGUCUCCACGGGAACAGCGGCAUCACUGUCAUCAGGGUCCAAACGACGGGACAGCAAACUCUGGAGCGAGACUAUUGAUGUUCGGCUCUCACAGACUCUGAGUCCCAAAGAGAUCAAGAGACAAGAGGCAAUUUUUGAGCUGGUCCAGGGAGAGCAGGACCUGGUGGAGGAUCUGAAACUGGCCAAAAAGGCCUACCAUGACCCCAUGAGGACCCUGUGCAUCAUGACUGAACAAGAACUCAACCAGAUCUUUGGGACUCUGGACUCUCUCAUCCCCCUGCACGAAGAUCUUUUGAAUCGACUGAGAGAUGAGAGGAAAUCAGACGGAUGCACUGAACACGUGGGGCACAUUCUCACACAGUGGGUGCCCUGUCUGUCUGAGUACACCCCUUACUGCAGUAACCAGGUGAAGGCCAAGGCGCUGCUGGACCAGAAGAAGCAGGAGAGCCGGGUGCAUGACUUCCUCCAGCGCUGCCUCCUCUCUCCCUUCAGCAGAAAACUGGAGCUCUGGAGCUUUCUGGACAUUCCGCGGAGCCGACUCGUAAAGUACCCGCUGUUGCUAAGGGAGAUCCUGCGUCACACGGACAACGAGCACCCCGACCGACAGAGGCUGGAGGAGGCUAUGGCGAUGGUGCAGAGCGUGGUGGCGGACAUAAACCGUCAGACCGGAGAGUCCGAGUGUGAGUUUUACAAAGAGAGGCUGGUUUACACCGAAGAGGGACACAGACACGAACUAAUCGAACGCUCCCGAACUCUGAGCUGCCACGGAGAGCUGAAGAACCACCGGGGAGUGAAGCUGCAUGUUUUCCUCUUCCAGGACGUGUUGGUUAUCACUCGUUCCGUCUCCUCCUCUGAACAGCCAAUCAGAUACCAGCUCUGCCGUCAGCCAAUCCCCAUUGAGCACCUGGAGCUGGAGGACCUUUCAGACGGAGAGAUGAGAGUGGGCGGGUCCAUUCGAGGAGCCUUUAGCAACAACGAGAGAACUAAGAACUUCUUCCGAGUCUCGAGUAAAGUGGGAGGACAGAGCCACUGUUUUCAGGCCAGUGACGCCUUCAACAAACAACAAUGGAUCAACUGCAUCCGACAGGCCAAAGCCACGCCCCCUUCUACGUCUGCCCCGCCCCCUUCAACGACUAUCCCACCCCCUUCAACAUCUGCCCUGCCCCCUUCUAUAACCACUCCACCCCCAGGACUGGCCCAAGACGAGCCCGGGGACCAGGGGUUGGACAGGACACUGCCCGACAUCACCCACGUCAAUGGACAAGAUUUGGAAAAAGAACAUGCUAAAGAAAUGGAGGUAGAGGAGGACAUAGGGGUUGAAUUAGAUAGGACGAGUGUAACUGAAGAAAGACUUGCGGAGAAUGGAGAGGAAGAGAAAAGUUCUGUUGAGAUUUCCACAGAUGAACAAAACAAAAUGAUGGAAAACCGGGAUGUAAACAGAGCGGAGAUGGACUCUAUACAAGAAACAGAGGAAGCAAUGCAAGUGGAGUCAUGACAAAAAAAUAAAAAAAGACAUAAGGUUAGUCUCACGUGACAACACAACAGUCAAGAGGCCCUAUAGUUUAAAGGUGCACUGGGAAACUUUUGUGGUGGAGGGUUUACCACUUGCUCACAUGCUCGUCUCCAUGGAGAUCAUAAUCCUUUGCCUUGAAUGUUCCACAGUAUGACAUAUGCUUAAUGCUAAAAGUUACACAAUGCACCUUUAAACUGAGCUGGAGGACAGGUCAGAACAAUAUGGUGGGAUUUGCUCUUUAAGUGUCAGAUUGCAGAUUUGUUAACCAGGUUUAUGGUGAAUAUCUCUGUAAUUACUGGGCCUAUCCCCGUGAAACAAAAACUGGCAGAGUCCAACGUCUUCUCAGUCAGUAUAAAUUAACAAAAGUGAAACUGGUUCCAUUAUUCAACUCCAAAAACGCGACUGUUCUCAGUUGAAAAGACGUUAAGCCAUAGGAUCAAUAAGAGUUUGUAAAGCUAAGCCCUAACAAAUAAUCAGGAUCAACAUCAGUGAUUCAUAAGUUUGGAGAUUUCUUUCUAAAGCAGUAAGUCUCCCAUAGAGUUAAAUAAGCCCCUGCCCACCAUCUUGAAGUUUACUAAGUCUACUAUUGAUGAAUAUUCCAGGCAAAGCAGAAAAAUAUCCAUGGCGACAAGCUUGUGAAGUACCUUCUAACAGAAAGGUUACAUAGUGCAUCUUUAAGUAGGACUGAACAAGAUGAGAGAAAAAUUCAGUAUUUGACAAAUGUGCAAAAAUGUACAACAGCCAUAUUACAAAAUGAUAAUUCUAUAUUCAGAGGUAGACCUAGUUUAAAAAUCCUACAUUACACAAAACUGACUCUUGGAAACUUUAAGCCACGUUAUAAUGUUGAUAAGUCCUCAAAAACAUACCCGGAGUUGUGUUUUGUUUCAUUCACAUUUUUGAGUAAUCCUGCAUUAUUUUUCUACAUCUCCAAAGUUCAAAAUGCUUUGUUCCACUCUGUGAUGUCAUGAAGCAGUUGUUUUCAAGUUAAUAGCUACAUUUUACCUUUAGUUCAGUAGAAAUUGACAAUUCCAGGGCUGAAAUUAUCCAAGUGAUUCUACUGAAGGUGUAUGGAGCUACUCCUCAUAGUAAAAUUGAUUGUCUGAACGUAACAUCCGAUUUAUAGAGGUUCAGUAAAUGAGAGGACAAAACAAAUAAUGCACAAAAUCUGGUAUAUUGUAACAUUUUAAAAGAAGUUAAAAAAAAAACACACUUUCCAUUUACUGUUAUCAUAAAGCUUUUGUCACUUGUAGACUUACAGUGGGAAGAGCAACUAAACCUUUUACUCAGAUAAAUGUACUGUUACACUGUCAAAUUACUUGAUGCAUUUGAGUAAUGUACUACCAACUCUUUGCAUAUUACAUUAAGUUAAUACAAGAAUGUAUGUAUAAAAGUAUUUUAUUACACAUUUACAUCAUUUCAUGUCAUUUCAUUGUUCUUCAUGAUAAAAGACAGUUCAAAGUUGAGUUAAUUUAAUUCAAAAGCGGUUAUUACUGUACACUGUAAUGUAAUGAUGUAAUCUGAAAAAGUUGUGUGUAUGUCUCCUGUAAAAAAGUGCAAUAUUUUAGAUGACUGUAAAUCAGAUAGGUAGGUUUUAUGUACAUAUAAUGCUUAUAAAGUUAAAAUGAGCAAAUGUUUGAAAUAAAAUGCUGUCCUUUA